CCCACGAAACUGGUCUACAAUGUUCUGCAGGGGAACAUCUGUUUAAGAUUCAGCGGAUUUCUUUCUGGAUGUCAGGCCCUUGAAGAAAUUUGUUCUCGUAUUAUCACCAUGUUCUUCCUGGUUUUGUUUGUCUGGAUUGUGCCCUGCAUAGCAAACCAGCUUCUCAGCAGCUUUCUAAGGGAAGAAAUCCAGAAAGGUUCCAAGCAACUUAUCUGCAGCAUGCCAGGACCCCAAGGUCCUCCAGGUGCCCCUGGAAUCUCAGGUGCUCCCGGGAAUGCAGGAAGAAUGGGUUUCCCAGGAAAAGAUGGACGAGAUGGAAAGGAUGGGGGGAAAGGAGAGAGUGGAGAGGAAGGUCCACAAGGGAGAACAGGAAAUCCAGGAAAAGUGGGGCCCAAAGGAAAGGCUGGAGCCAUUGGCAGAGCUGGCCCCCGUGGUUCAAAGGGCCUGAAGGGACACCCUGGAAAAAGUGGAGUGGCAGGCAAGAAAGGACCCAGAGGAGGACAGGGAGGCCUCGGGAUGCCUGGUCCUUGCAGCUGUAGAGCUUCGAAAGCCAGAUCAGCCUUUUCUGUUGCAGUGACCAAAAGCUACCCAAGAGAGAGGCUGCCCAUUAAAUUCGACCGGGUGCUCAUGAAUGAAGGUCGGAACUACAACACUUCAAGUGGGAAGUUUAUAUGCAGUAUCCCUGGCAUCUACUACUUCGCCUAUGAUAUCACUUUGGCCAAUAAACACUUGGCUAUAGGGCUGGUGCACAAUGGGCAAUACAGGAUAAAGACAUUUGAUGCCAACACUGGGAACCAUGAUGUUGCUUCUGGGUCCACGAUCCUUUCCCUGAAGCAGGAGGACGAAGUCUGGCUGCAGAUAUUCUACUCGGAACAGAAUGGACUCUUUUAUGAUCCCUUCUGGACAGACAGCCUUUUUACCGGCUUCCUGAUAUACCCUGACCAAGAUUAUCUGAGUGAGUUAUAAGGGAGAAUUGCCAACACCAAGACCCCCAUCAGAAAACAGAGCAUGACAAAUUAUAGCUAGAAUAUGCGUGCAUCUUUGAAAUAGUCCAUUCUCUGCAGAAGCAGAUCUAGCCUGGACUGUGGUCCAAAGCCACUGCUAUAAUAUUUAUAGAUAGUCUAAGCCUCGGUGUUUUGUUUCAAGCCUCCUAAAGAACAGUUAUCACUAAUCAACUGAGUAUGCAAAUAGUUUAUGGAAGGCAGAGGGAGGGAAAACGGAAGAGUUAACAAACCAA